AUGAGCUGGAGAUUUGGCUAUCUCUAUGAGUAUCCUUAUGUCUCUUGUUUCUCUGCAACUCCUGCUUUCAUUUAUUGUAAAUUGCUUGUUAUAUGGUUUGUCGUUGGUGUGGUUGGUUACGUGAAGACACCCCGUGGUCUCCGCUCUCUAACGACUGUCUUGGCUCAGUACAUGAGCGAAGAAGUAAGGAGGAGGUUCUACAAGAACGGGGCCAAAUCCAAGAAGAAGGCUUUCACAAAAUACUCAAAGAAACACGAAACCGAAGAUGGUAAAAAAGACAUUCAAACUCAUCUGGAGAAGAUGAUGAAGCUCUGCACGGUCAUCAGAGUCCUCACCCACACUCAGAUUAGGAAAAUGAAAGGACUCAGACAGAAGAAGGCUCAUCUGAACGAGAUUCAAAUCAUCGUGGUCUCCGCAAGGGUAGCUUGUAUUGGAGCUUGGCACCCUGCUAGAGUCUCUUACACGGUGGCUAGAGCCGGGCAGAACGGAUACCACCACCGUACCGAGAUGAACAAGAAGAUUUACAGGCUUGGUAAAGUUGGAGAAGAGACUCACACUGCCAUGACCGAGUUCGACAGGACGGAGAAGGAGAGAUUCCCGCACUAUGGGAUAGUGAAGGAUGAUUAUUUGUUGAUCAGGGGGUGUUGCGUGGGGCCGAAGAAACGUGUGGUGACUUUGAGACAGACGUUGUUGAAGCAGACGUCUAGGGUUGCGUUGGAGGAGGAGAUUAAGCUUAAGUUUAUUGAUACCUCGUCCAAUGGUGGACACGGUCGUUUCCAGACUGCUGAAGAGAAGGCCAAGUUCUAUGGUAGAGUCAUCAAGGCUUAGAUUUUUUUUUUUUUUUUCCAAUCCCAUAAAAAUCCAUUUAGUAAUAAUGUCCAUUUAUAUUAAAUCUCGAUUCCAUUUUCUGAUA